AUGCCGCUCGAGUGGCUCGGUUCCUGGUCACCGGCAAAAAGUAUGCUGAUGCCACAACCAAGGCCAUCAACUGUGUGCAGAGAUUUUGGAAUCGCUUUUAUGCUUUCAUGGGGGUGGAUAGUAAUUCCCAUCUCACCGCAUGUGCAGUUUAUCCUGGGACCGUUGACGGAUGAAUACAAUCUGGACCUCUCAGUUGAAUGCAAGCCCACCCUCAGUAUUGAGGAUCUGCUGUCCAUCCUCCAUUACCACUGGUGCUUGGACACGUUGGCGGUCCCACACGAGCGGUGCGCUCAUCGAAAGUGGCUGCGUUCAGGGCUCCAACGACACUCUGUGAUACCGGGAUGUGGUGCUCCGUGUCAUCCCCAACCCGGAGGACCUGAAGCGUCACAUUCUGGUCAUGGAGGUGACUCUGAUGUUUAUGAAGGGAAAGAGAAACAAGUCUCAGCCUGGGAUGACAACCCAGCUCUGUGUCCGAUCUCACAUUUUCUUUCGCUGGCGCUCGCGGAUCGAGCCUUUGAGGCACAGGGUAUCAACUCGCCGGAGGACAUCUUUCAUAUCGAGGUUCUUCCUUACCGGAACAGCCUACAGCUGAGGUGGAGAUCCGAGAUGCUCAAGAUACCGGCCUUUCACCGCACCGUCCACACCGCACAUGGAGUGCGUAUCUCUCCCGACCGUGCGUUACCGUAUGAUGCGUUCAAUCAGUACCUUCAGCGGCUGGGUCGCAACGCGGGACUCGAAGAGCCGCUGACUCCUUACUGCAUCAGAAGAGGCACAGCAAAUGCGGUGGAUGCGGAGCGGAACCAGGUGCUGGGCCAUUCCCGGGCUGACAUCUUUGAACGCUAUUACCUCUCGCAGAAGGUGAAACGCGAUGUGCAGUCCGCGUAUCUUGGAUGUCCAGCCCGCGAGUCGGUCAUCCGCGCCGUCGGAAUGAUGAGCUUGACGCGGGACCCGAGGGUCCCAAAGGAACUGACCGACGAGCAGAAGGCCGCCAUCGAAUAUGACCCCCAUCUUGCCGAACUCAACCGCCAGAAGCAGGACCUGGUAAGUGAUAUGAGAUACCAAUACGGAUCGGUCCCGAAGGCCCAGGGCACAGACCUCCACGCCCAGCAUAGCAAGCUUGAAAGAACUAUUCAAAGUGAGAGGCGAUUCUUGAGGAAACGUGCACGGGACAACAUCCGGGAGGACUUUUUUGCCAAGAUCGACACCAUCGAGAUAGAGCGUCAGCUUCUGGGACUGUCGCUCGCCGAUGAUCUCAAGGUGGAAGAUUCCGUCACUCAGUUUACCUGUGUCGAACGAGCUCUACUUGCACGCAGUCUCUUUACAUCUCUCUGUAGCUCUGCGGAGGAGCAUAAGCCUCACUGUUAUCGGAUGCAGGUAAUCCGUGACUGGACCGCGCUCUGUAGCCUGCAGGGGGUCCCUUACAAGCAGAAGGCCUCACCUUGCGAAUUCGUAACCUUGAAAGAGGAGCUCAGCAUAAACGCUGAUAAGCCCCCUAUCGUCUGUCCGGCGACCCAGUGCCUAUUUUGUCUUGGGAACGAACAGCGGGCAUCGAAUUCAAGGCCGUAUUCAUUCUCACGUCCAGAUAAACUACGGAGGCAUGUGUAUGAUUGCCAUCUCCGCUAUCUUGCCUCAGAUGCUUGUUUUCCAUGUCCCCAUCCCGCCUGCUCAGAGAGUCUGUGGGGUAUCACACAUUUCAAGGACCAUGCUGCUUUGAUACAUAAAAUAUACCUUUGA